CCAACCAAUUUACCAGCUCCAUAGCACGAUCUUUGCUUUCUCACAAAACCACCAAAUACAAAAACAAAGAACAUGAAGAAGAAAUCCAAAGAACAUGCCACGAUUUUCCCGCUAACCCAAUCGCUAUGAUUUAAAUUUACAAUUACUACUACAAUCUCACCCCACAAAAACACACCAAUCCCCAUCUCAUGGAUUUCAUCGCUUUUGCUCUCGCCAUUCUCUUUACAGCCCUCCUACGAUCUCUGUGCCUCAAAUUAUUCACCAACCCCAGAAAUCUCCCUCCCGGCCCCCCUCGCUGGCCCAUCGUCGGCAACCUCCUCCAGCUCACCCACCUCCCCCACCGCGACAUGGCGGCGCUGUCUCGAAAGUACGGCCCACUCGUCUACCUGAAGCUCGGCAGCGUCGACGCCAUCACCACCGACGACCCCACCACUAUCCGCGAGAUCCUCCUUCAACAGGACGACGUUUUCGCCUCCCGCCCGAGGACUCUCGCCGCCGUGCAUCUCGCCUACGGCUGCAAUGACGUCGCGUUGGCUCCUUUCGGGCCCAAUUGGAAGCGGAUGAGGAGGAUUUGUAUGGAGCAUCUUCUCACCAGCAAGCGGCUGGAGUCGUUCUCGACCCAUCGGGCCUCGGAGGCCCAACAUUUGGUCCGAGAUGUUUGGGCCCGAGCCCAGAGUGGAAAGGCUGUGAACUUGAGGGAGGUUUUAGGGGGGUUUUCGAUGAACAAUGUGACUAGGAUGUUGGUCGGGAAGCAGUACUUCGGGGGAGGAUCUGCAGGCCCAAGUGAGGCUAUGGAGUUUAUACACAUAACCCAUGAGUUGUUUAGGCUGUUGGGGGUGAUCUAUUUGGGAGAUUAUUUGCCAUUUUGGAGGUGGGUGGAUCCUCACGGGUGCGAAGACAAGAUGAGGCAAGUGGAGAAGCAAGUGGAUGAGUUUCACUCCAAGAUCAUCCAAGAACAUAGGAUGGAGAGGAAGAGAAGGGAAGCUGAUGGAGAACAAGAUGAUGAUGCAAACAUGGAUUUUGUCGAUGUUUUGUUGUCAUUGCCCGGCGAAGACGGGAAGGAACAUAUGGAUGACGCCGAAAUCAAAGCCCUGAUUCAAGAUAUGAUUGCAGCAGCGACUGACACAUCAGCUGUAACUAACGAAUGGGCAAUGGCAGAAGUGAUCAAACAUCCACGUGUUCUUGCAAAGGUCCAAGAAGAGCUUGAUACUUGCGUGGGUCCUGACCGAUUGGUGUUGGAAUCAGAUUUGGUUCAUCUCAAUUACCUACGGUGCGUUGUACGAGAGACUUUCCGCAUGCAUCCAGCCGGUCCAUUUUUAAUUCCUCACGAAUCACUACGUGACACCAAAAUCCAUGGAUAUCAUAUCCCUGCCAAGACUCGAAUCUUCAUCAACACUCAUGGAUUGGGUCGAAAUACGAAAAUUUGGGAUAACGUGGACGAGUUUAGACCCGAGAGACAUUGGGCAACCGAUGGGAUGAUGAAUAAUAGAGUGGAGAUAAGCCAUGGAGCUGAUUUUAAGAUCCUACCAUUUAGUGCUGGCAAGCGAAAGUGUCCCGGCGCUCCGCUUGGAGUGACAUUAGUGUUGAUGGGUUUGGCUCAGUUAUUUCACUCUUUUGAUUGGGCUCCACCGGAAGGAAUGAACCCACGAGACAUUGAUACCAACGAGGUGUAUGGGAUGACAAUGCCCAAAGCUCAUCCCUUAAUGGCCAUUGCUAGGCCACGCUUGCCUGCUCAUGUGUAUCAAUCUAAAUAAAAUGAAGCUUGAAGUUGUUAAUAUUCGUAUUCA